CCACGUAGCCAUCUUGCGUUUCCUGAACAAAAAGGGGUGCGAUAGAAAGACAAUCAGAUUGAGAAGUCAAUCCAACUGAAAACAAUACAAAGUAUAUACGAAUUUAAAUGUAACUGUUACAGUAUGAUAGGAGCGGGAGUCGGAGAAGAGGAAUAUCACCCGCGCCCCUUACUGAGACUGGAAACAGUUAGCUAGCUGUCUAGGCAAGGCUGCUAGCUAGCUAAGGAACAGGUAGCUAGUAAAGGAAGGAUCGAUAGCUAACGCUACCUAGCUUGUUUGGAUUAGCAUUGCGGGACUCGGGGAGCUAACCAACCAACCAACCAACCCAGCCAGCCAAGAAUUCAACUGUCGUAGAAGGGAACUCGUUACGCGUCAGGAAAAAGAAAAUAAACGGCCGUUAGCUAAUUAAUAUGGGUAAUGUUUUAAACUGAAUCUUUACAGUGGCCAGACGCACGCCCAACUAGAAAACGUUAGCUCCGGAUAUUUUUGAGGAGAUCCGGAGAAGGUUUUAUUCGUUGCAAGGAGGGACCAUUGUAAGACGCGGUGGUGGUCAUGCCUGCAGGUGUGCGUGUGGGGAAUGUGAAGGACCCUGAGCUAGCAGACCUCUUCUACAAAGAUGACCCAGAGAAACUCUUCACAGACCUCCGAGAGAUCGGCCAUGGAAGCUUUGGAGCUGUCUACUUUGCACGAGAUGUUCGCUCCAAUGAGGUGGUGGCCAUCAAAAAGAUGUCUUAUAGUGGCAAACAGUCGAAUGAGAAAUGGCAGGACAUCAUUAAAGAGGUCAAGUUCCUUCAGAAGCUUCGGCACCCCAACACCAUCGAGUACAAAGGCUGCUACCUGAGGGAACACACUGCAUGGCUGGUGAUGGAGUACUGUUUGGGCUCUGCCUCUGAUCUUUUAGAGGUUCAUAAGAAGCCCCUACAGGAAGUGGAAAUUGCUGCUAUUACCCAUGGUGCACUGCAGGGUCUGGCCUACCUUCACUCCCACAAUAUGAUCCAUAGGGACGUAAAGGCAGGUAAUAUUUUGCUGACUGAGCCAGGUCAGGUGAAGCUUGGGGAUUUUGGCUCCGCCUCCAUCGUUGCCCCUGCCAACUCUUUUGUGGGCACACCCUACUGGAUGGCCCCAGAAGUAAUCUUGGCAAUGGAUGAGGGUCAGUACGAUGGCAAGGUGGAUGUCUGGUCUCUCGGGAUCACCUGCAUAGAGCUGGCGGAGCGAAAGCCUCCCUUGUUCAAUAUGAACGCUAUGAGUGCCUUAUAUCACAUUGCGCAGAACGAGAGCCCCGUCCUGGCGUCCAAUCACUGGUCUGAUUAUUUCCGUAACUUUGUGGACUCCUGUCUACAGAAGAUUCCACAGGACAGGCCUACCUCUGACGUACUGCUCAAUCAUCGGUUCCUGUGUCGAGAGCGCCCCCCAUCCGUGGUGAUGGAUCUGAUUGCUCGCACUAAAGACGCUGUGAGGGAGCUGGACAACCUGCAGUACAGGAAGAUGAAAAAGAUCCUGUUCCAGGAGACGCACAACGGCCCCACGCAGGACGGCGGCGAGGAAGAGGAGGAUGUGGAGCAGUACCUGUUGCAGACAGGCACAGUGAACAGCAUGGAGAGCUCGCACUCAGUUCCCUCCAUGUCCAUCAGUGCCAGCUCACAGAGCUCCUCCGUCAACAGCCUGGCCGAUGGCUCUGAUGACAGCAACGAGAUGGCCAUGAUGGGGGAGGGCGAGCACACCGUCACCUCCAACAGCUCCAUCAAACACCGACCGUCUGGUCCUGAUAAUAUCUAUGAUGACCCGUACCAGCCAGAGAUGGAGCAGCAGCAGCAAACUUCUGCCGGGGCACGUAGGAGAGCACACUACCGCAACCGCGACCAUUUCGCCACCAUCCGCACAGCCUCCGUGGUCACGCGGCAGAUCCAGGAGCACGAACAGGGCUCAGCACUGCGCGAGCAGAUGAGCGGCUACAAGCGCAUGCGGCGGCAGCACCAGAAACAGCUGCUGGCCCUGGAGAACAAGCUUAAGGCGGAGAUGGACGAGCACCAGCUGCGUCUGGACAAGGAGCUGGAGACCCAGAGGAACAACUUCAGCAGUGAGGCUGACAAGCUCAGCAAGAAGCACCAGGCCAUCCUGGAGAAGGAGACUAAAGCAGCACUGGCUGAGGAGAAGAAAUUUCAGCAGCACAUAUUGGGCCAGCAGAAGAAGGAGCUCACCAGCCUGCUGGAUUCCCAGAAACGCCAGUACAGACAGCGCAAGGAGCAGCUCAAAGAAGAGCUGAGUGAGAACCAGUCCACACCCAAGCGGGAGAAGCAGGAAUGGCUUGUGCGGCAGAAGGAGUGUCUGCAGCAGAUCCAGGCGGAGGAGGAGGCGGGACUCCUGCGCCGCCAGAGGCAGUACUACGAGCUGCAGUGCCGCCAGUACAAGAGGAAGAUGCUGCUGGCCCGACACAACCUGGAGCAGGACCUGCUCAGAGAGGAGCUGAACAAGCGUCAGACGCAGAAGGACCUGGAGUGUGCCAUGCUCCUGCGCCACCAUGAGUCCACGCAGGAGCUGGAGUUCCGGCAGCUGGGCCUGGUGCAGCGCACGCGAGCCGACCUGAUCCGCACGCAGCACCAGAGCGAGCUCGCCAACCAGAUGGACUACAACAAGCGGCGGGAGCAGGAGCUGCGGCAGAAACACAGUGUGGAGGCCCGCCAGCAGCCCAAGAGCCUGAAGACAAAGGAGCUGCAGAUCAAGCGUCAGUUCCAGGACACGUGUAAGAUCCAGACGCGGCAGUACAAGGCCCUGCGUAACCACCUGCUGGAGAGCACGCCCAAGGCGGACCACAAGGCCGUGCUGAAGAGGCUGAAGGAGGAGCAGACGCGCAAGCUGGCCAUCCUGGCCGAGCAGUACGACCACUCCAUCAACGACAUGCUGUCCACACAGGCUGUGAGUAAGCUGCGCUUGGAUGAGACGCAGGAGGCGGAGUACCAGGUGCUGCGGAUGCAGCUGCAACAGGAGCUGGAGCUGCUGAACGCCUACCAGAGCAAGAUCAAGAUGCACACAGACUCUCAGCAUGAGCGAGAGGUGAAAGACCUGGAGCAGAGAGUGUCUAUCCGCAGAGCGCUGCUCGAACAGAGGAUUGAGGAGGAGAUGCUGUCUCUGCAGAACGAGCGUUCAGAGCGCAUCAGGACCCUGCUGGAGCGGCAGGCACGAGAGAUCGAGGCAUUCGACUCGGAGAGUAUGCGCCUGGGCUUCAGCAACAUGGCCCUGACGGGCAUCCCCGCCGAGGCCUACAGCCAGGGCUACCCCAACCCGCCGUCCUCGGGCCCGGGUGGCUGGCCCUCCCGCCCCGUGCCCCGCUCGGGCAGCCACUGGAGCCACGGCAUCCAGAACUCCGCGGCACCCCCAGCCUGGCGCAGCCAGACCAGCUCGGCCGGGUUCAGCCGAGGCGAGUCUGUCUCCAUCCGGGAGCGGGACAGCGAGAGGGACUUGGACGGCCUGGUGCAGCGAGGCCUUCCGGGCUCCCUGUCGUCGGCCUCGUCGUCGUCCUCCUCGUCCUCCUCGUCGCACCACCGACUCCACUACGUACCGCAGCAGUACCAUCACCAGAGCACGCCGCUCCUGUACCGCGAGAGCCGCGAGCGAGAGAGGGAGCGAGAGAGAGAGUGGGGGGGUGGUGGCAGCAGCUUGGGAGGCCUCCAGCACCACCACCACCACCACCACCACCACCACUCUUCCUCCUCCUCCUCGGCCUACUCCCACGGUCACAUGCACCACCUCUCCACCCACACCUCCGCACAAUCGCUCGCUCUCCUCCCUCCACCACCGCCACCUCCCCCCAUCUCUCUCUCCUCCUCUCCCCCAUCCUCCUCCUCCUCUUCCUCCUCUCAGGGUGGGUACGGUGGGAGGGGUGAAGGCCUGGUGGUGAGGGGCCCCAGUCUGAUGGCCCUUAGGAGCAGCCCGGGGCCCCUGAGAAGGACAGCGUCAGGAGGUGGGCCUGGGGGCUCAGCCGGAGACCCUGGCCUGAGCCGCAGCACGUCCGUCACCUCUCACAUCUCCAAUGGCUCCCACCUCUCCUACUCCUAAACUGCAGGCAAAAAACAAACAAACCGUUAAACGUUUCAUGGAAAACAGGGGAGGUGCUGAGGUUGGGUCUUCAGUGUUUAGAGGGUUCAUUAGUCCUUUGCUUAGUAUUUAGUGGAUUGACUCCACCCCUUUAACAAUAAUUCAGGUGGAAUUUGCCAUAUCUGAGGCAUUGGCUCUUUCUCUGAUCAGUAUUUGGAUAGCGCACAGCAGUUGUCACGUUUCCUUGUACGACAGAUUGAUCUCAGGGCUACUGUUGGGGGGGGGGAGGGGGAGGCUGGUGGUAGGAGUAAUAGAUGGAGUAAUGGACAGAGAUGUCACAUAUGAGAGGGAAAGUAUGUGCUUGAGAAUGGGAGGAGGAAAUGGGAAGUGAGUAAUGUCAGUACUGUAGGACAGGAUGGUCAUCUCCCCCCCCCCCCCCCUGUUCUGUUGGGGACUGUUUUGCAGUCGUGGGGAACAAAAACAUCUGUCUUUAGAGCAUAAAAUUUCAACAGGCUACCUCGGGCUUUUGCUCUUCCUAGAAAGGGCAGUGCUUGAAUUGCUUGCUGCGGAGAACCCGCACACCCUCAUAACCAACACUACAUUUCUGGCAAACGGUCAAGAUCCAUAGUAUGGUCAUCAGUAAUGUCUACCAAACUGACUUUUUUCUUCCCUGCAGCUACAGCAGAAAAUACUGCUAGGCCCCAUCAGUAAUUAAAUUCCAGCCAAUAAUCACCACACUUGCCAGGGCAGCUUUAGGUACAGCAACUUACACUGACACUUUCAAACAACGACAACAUUAUUAGACCACCAAACACACUAAAGAACCCUUUCUGGUGCUGACGUGGAACCUUUCUGGUAGUUCCUCAUUGGAGCUUUAAGGACCCAGAAAUGAUUGUUGAACUGCUAAUAUGAGCUUUAUUACUAAGGGAGAUCAGAAUAGAGAGGCAAUCACAACGUGCAUCAUGGUUAAUAGCAAGUUGUUCAAAAAAUUGUCUUAAAGAUAUUUCUCUAAAUAUAAAAUAGGGUGCUUAAAAAGAUUGCCAUGUGGUUAUGUAUAUAAUACUAAAACCAUACUAAACAAAAUAGAACGCACAUUUGUAUUAGGGACAAGGAGAUUUCUUUUACAUUUUGUUGAAAUUUUUUUGUAUUCAACACUCAUUCCGCACACUGCCAUCUAGAGACUCGACCUAAACCCCAUCCUCCCUCCUCACAUGGGUAUGCUGCAAAUCAGCGUUAGUUCUGGCAGAGCAAUAAUUGUCAGUUCCUCUCUGUGGUGUUCUACUUAAGAUAACAGUAAUAGAUAAUAGCAACGGCCUCUUCUUCCUACCUGGCAUAUCGGGGAAAGCCAUUCAAAGGGCAGUACAAUGGUGAUAAAUGUAUCUUCUUGUCCCUGUUUACAAAGGCAUAUGUAUAUAUGAUGUACAUGUCCAUAAGCGAGCUGAUUACAGUUCAGUGCAUCAAACCCUAAUGUACAGAGGCCAUUUGUAUACGUACACACUGCACAUUUAUAUAUGACUGAGUAUAUAUGUGUAUUAUAACUGUCAGAGGUUUGAUGGCAAGGUUUAAGAUAUUCACUGAUAAACACUUUUGAUCAAUAUUGUACUUAUAUAAUGUGUGUACAUAAAAGCACUAACUCAAUUCUUGUAUAGGAUAAUAGUUUUGUUAUGGGAACUACAGCAAUUGAAAAGUAAGAGCUUGAAGAAUAUCAUUAUCAACUACUGUAGGUUUAAUAUUUGUUUUAUCUAAUUCUAAACUAAUUCUUUUUUUCAUUUUUAUUUUCCUCCUUUUUUAAGAUGAUUAUUUUGCCAAUGCUGACCACUAGGUGGAGAAUGCAAGCGAUGUUACUGUGAUGGAGAACUUAAGACAGGUCUCAUUUUAUGGGGUGGGGAGAGACUGUCCCACCCAGCAUUCCUUAUUAAGUCUCAGGGUAGGAGUCUGUUGAGCAGUGCAUUGUAGGGAUUGUAGCAUUUUAGAGCCAGUAUUAAACUUGUACAGAACAUUUUAAGAGGAUUUUAGCUAUAUAGAAAGGUUCUAGAUAAUUGUAAAUUGAUAAAGCCCCCUCUGAUCCAGCAUGUUUUGCCAUGACAUUUUUUUCUAAUGUUUUUUGUUUGUAGUUUACACUAACAACCAAAAUGUGUCUGUAAUCAUCCUGAUAAGAAUACAGAUCUUGUAUAACUUGCAGGUAUUUCCACAUUGAACAGUCUGUACCAUCAUACUGCCAGCUCUUCACAAGAACCAGCAUUCCAAUUAAUAUUCUCUCUCCCAUCCUCUCGCCAGAGCCACCUGCAGUACCUCACUUGUGGGUUUUUUAAUUACUUUACCUGUUUUAUCUUUUUCACUCUCAGCCUCCCCAGUAUCAUUUUCUUACUAGUUGUGUUCAACUUUUUUUUUUUUUUUUUUUUUACAAAAAAACCUGUUUUGUAUCAAAUGUGUUAAUGUGUUUACCUUUGCAGAUGGCGCAUGGGGGCACUCUAAAACUCUAAACCUCAGCCAAUUCAUAUGUUUACAGCAAAACAUGCUGGAUUUGUUUUUGGGGAGGGUUCUGGAUGGGUUGUUUUAAGUUGGGGUCUGAGAUGUGGGAUUGGUAGAGAAAUGUAACAUCACCAUGCCCAUUCUGCUGUAUUAGAGGAACGUGGAUCUCUAAAGCCAAGCACUGGGUACCUUGUGUAUACAUGUACACAUGCUGAAGUGUCGGGGGAUGUAUGUGUAAGUACAAGUGGGCUAGAGAGAGAGAAAAGGUUGUGCAGAAAAGUGCUUAAGAUAAAAACGCCAAACUGUUCAAGUUUUUAAAAAAGCUGAACUCAAGAAAUGGAAUAUAGAAAAUGUACAGAAACUAUUAACAAGUCAUUAAAAAGUACAAAAAUUAAA